UGCCGGGAGCGAGCGGGGCUAGAGGCGGCGGCGGCGGCGGCGGAGGAGGAAGGCGCCUGAGGGAGCGUCCUUCUUCCUCCAUUCAUUGCCCUCGGCUUCAGGGCGCCGCCAUGGAGGCGCUGAUCCCGGUCAUCAACAAGCUGCAGGACGUCUUCAACACGGUCGGGGCGGAUAUCAUCCAGCUGCCUCAGAUCGUGGUGGUCGGGACCCAGAGUAGUGGCAAAAGUUCUGUACUGGAAAGCCUGGUUGGGAGGGACCUCCUCCCCAGAGGCACAGGAAUUGUCACCCGGAGACCCCUCAUCCUACAGUUGGUACACGUCUCGGCAGAGGAUCGUCGGAAUACAGCUGGAGAUGAGAACGACCCUGCAACAUGGAAACAUUCAAGGCACCUUUCUAAAGGGGUUGAUGCUGAAGAAUGGGGAAAAUUUCUACAUACGAAAAACAAGCUUUAUACAGAUUUUGAUGAAAUUAGACAAGAAAUAGAAAAUGAAACUGAAAGGAUUUCUGGAAAUAAUAAGGGAAUCAGUCCCGAACCUAUUCAUCUAAAAAUCUUUUCACCUAAUGUUGUCAACUUGACACUUGUAGACUUGCCAGGAAUGACAAAGGUACCUGUGGGUGAUCAACCAAAGGAUAUAGAACUUCAGAUCCGAGAACUAAUCCUUAGAUUCAUUAGUAAUCCAAAUUCAAUUAUUCUGGCAGUCACUGCUGCCAACACAGACAUGGCCACCUCUGAGGCACUUAAAAUAGCACGAGAGGUGGAUCCAGAUGGCCGGCGCACCCUUGCUGUUAUCACAAAGCUGGAUCUCAUGGAUGCUGGCACUGAUGCUAUGGAUGUACUUAUGGGAAGAGUGAUACCGGUUAAACUUGGCAUCAUUGGUGUAGUGAAUAGAAGUCAAUUAGAUAUUAACAAUAAGAAGAGUGUGGCAGAUUCAAUUCGUGAUGAAUAUGGUUUUCUCCAGAAGAAGUAUCCCUCCUUAGCCAACCGGAAUGGAACAAAGUAUCUUGCUAGAACCCUCAACAGGUUACUCAUGCAUCACAUCAGGGAUUGCUUACCAGAACUAAAAACUAGAAUCAAUGUUUUAGCUGCUCAGUAUCAGUCUCUGUUGAACAGCUAUGGUGAACCUGUGGAUGACAAGAGUGCCACGUUAUUGCAGCUUAUCACCAAAUUCGCCGCUGAAUAUUGCAACACCAUUGAAGGAACAGCAAAAUACAUAGAGACUUCUGAACUGUGCGGUGGAGCUAGAAUUUGCUACAUUUUUCAUGAAACUUUUGGACGUACUUUAGAAUCUGUUGAUCCACUAGGUGGCCUUAACACCAUUGACAUCUUGACAGCCAUUAGAAAUGCUACUGGUCCACGUCCUGCCUUGUUUGUGCCUGAAGUUUCAUUUGAGCUGCUAGUAAAAAGGCAGAUCAAACGUCUGGAAGAGCCUAGUCUGCGAUGUGUGGAGCUUGUCCAUGAGGAAAUGCAGAGGAUCAUUCAGCAUUGUAGCAAUUACAGUACACAGGAAUUGCUGCGGUUUCCUAAACUCCAUGAUGCCAUUGUUGAGGUUGUAACCAGUCUUUUACGUCGGAGACUGCCAGUUACAAAUGAAAUGGUUCACAAUUUGGUAGCCAUUGAGUUGGCCUAUAUAAAUACCAAACAUCCAGAUUUUGCAGAUGCCUGUGGCUUAAUAAACAACAACAUAGAGGAGCAGCAAAGGCGGAACAGAUUAGCCAGAGAGAUGCCUCCUGCUGGGUCACGCGACAAGUCUACUAAGCCUCCUGGUGCUUUGGCACCCUCCUCCCAGGAGACCUCUACUGCUGGUUCUGCUGAGGUUGAUGGCAAGACAUCCCCUGCUAUGGGAGAAGGAGCUCCAGAAUCUGGAACAGGCAACUGGAGAGGAAUGCUGAAAACUUCCAGAGCAGAGGAGAUAUUAGCUGAGGAAAAAUCAAAACCAGUAACAGUACUGCCUGCUAGCCCUCAAAAAGGCCAUGCUGUAAAUUUGCUGGAUGUGCCUGUUCCUGUUGCACGCAAGCUUUCAGCCCGAGAGCAGCGAGACUGUGAGGUGAUUGAACGCCUCAUCAAAUCAUAUUUCCUAAUUGUGAGGAAGAAUAUUCAAGACAGUGUGCCAAAAGCUGUGAUGCAUUUUCUGGUUAACCACGUGAAAGACGCUCUUCAGAGUGAAUUAGUGGGACAGCUGUAUAAGGCCUUAUUGCUGGAUGAUCUUUUGACUGAAUCAGAAGACAUGGCUCAGCGCAGGAAGGAGGCUGCUGACAUGUUACAGGCCUUGCAACGAGCCAGUCAGAUUAUUGCUGAGAUUCGAGAGACACACCUUUGGUGAAGGCUUCUCCACUUGAAGAAAUUGAUGAGUUUAAAAUUGCUAGACAUUAUAUUAUAUACUCAUGAACUCCUACGUGUACUGCAGUAUGUAUAAAUCUGUUCAUGUAAGACAUUUGGUUUGGCUUUCUACAGACAGAAAAGUAUGCUGUAUUUUGCAAAACGAGUCCUAUUUUAUCACCGUUUUCCCUACCAGUUCCCUGGUGCAAAGGACAAGUCUGUUCUCCUAUAAGGAACUGGACUGAAUUAAACGGGGGAAAGAACCAUGUAAAAUUCCAGUGCCUGGCUUGCUAAAUGAGUUGCCUGUGGAUAGGAUGAACAAUGUUGUAUUGUGAUGUAGCUUUUCCAGCUGCUUUUGCAAGAUAAGUUUUCACCCAUGAAGAAAGGACACAAUUAUAUUUUCUUUAUUAUAAAUUAAACUGCAUGCAUUCAGAUCUCACACAGAUAAAUGGCACAGUAGAAAUACUGCCUUAUAAUUUAUGUAAUGUGUGGCCUCAUGUUUUAGAAUUUUAAGGAAAUAUUUGGUUAACUUCCAAGCUGCAUUGGUGGAUUUUACUUUAGAUGAAAUCUGGACUAAUUUAUAAAUAGGUAUUCUGCUAAGAGGCAGUUUCAUACAAGAAGCAAUCAGAGUUCUCAAGUACCUCUGACUCCCCAUCACGUUUUGGCUAGGGACUGGACCAAGACCCUGGGACCAUCCAUUUAAUUUUCAAAUUAAAAAAGAAGCAGCAUUAAAAAUCACAGAGGUCAUGUUUUUCUUAAAUAAAUGUGGAAAAUAAACAGCAGUACAUUUGCAAGAACAAACAAAAUAAACAUACUACUGUAUAGAAUCUUUACACAACACUUAAGCAAAGGAAGGUAUCUAUCAGAUUAAUUUAUAGUUUUGUAGUCCAUUAUUAUGCUGUCACUUUUUUUGUACACAUGAUAAAUUUAACUUAUUUGUUUCAUAAAAUGCACAUUGGUUCCUAAAGGUUUUAUGAUUUUGACGUGCACCAAGGAGUUGUGUCAAAAAUAAGCUUGUUUUGACCUGCUUACAAGAGUCACAUUACCCAUGCUCAACUUCUGUGCUUAUGGAGAAAACCUGUGGGCUUCAUACAUAUGGCACAUGUUUUUAUCCACACAACAUGCUAAAAAGAGAAACUGAUGUUCUGAAACACUUAAUUUAUUUUAAUGAGAAUAUGCACUGACAGGUUGAAGAACUGAAUUGUAUUUUUUGGUCUUAAAUGUAUCUCUGCAGUUGAACCCAUACCAAAAAUGCAUACCUAGAAUCAUUUUAAUCUUGCGACAAUAAAAUUCUACUUGAGGGCCACAUCUAGCAUUUUGGAAAAUUUGUUGGGGCAAGAUCAAUACUAAACUCAGUAUACCAUCUCUCUGAGGAAUAACAGUUUAUCUCAUGGAAUCCAGUAAACCUGUACUAGUGUCUGACAACUGAGAAUAACAUCUUUACAUUAUGUGUAACUUUCCUGAUACCUGCCUUAUCAUCCUCCCCCUUCAAAUAAUACUCAGUCUGAGUAUAUGCAGAGUAGAAAAGAACAGUUUGCCUUAUUUGUGAGAUAAUUUCCAGCAAAUAUUUUUGCGCCUAUCCUAGUUUCUCCUUUGGGUGUGAUACUGCAGAGACUAGGGAUGUGGCUUUCCAUGACACUAACUCCCUCAGUCAAGCCACAAGGUUGGGGUGAGGGGGACAGAGAUGAUUCCUUGUCUCAAAAAUAGUUGGACCCCCUCCCUGUAGUUGCCUUCUCAUUUGCCCGGGUCUCCUGCCUCUAUCUUUGGCCCAUUUUGGGCUCAGUAAUGGUGGGAUGUUUCCUCACCCACCAACUCCAGGGAAUCCCCACAGAUCUGUCUCCAUUCUGACUUCAGGGAGGCUGCUGUGUCUCUGGAAGGACUGUGACUUCCCUCCUCACCCUGAGCUAAUCUGGGCAUGUCUUAUCAUCCAUGUGGUCUCUCAGCACUUGACCGGGGGUGAGAGAGAGAGUCAUAGGUAAUUAAUAGACCUCAAUAGCAAGGCAAAGAAGUUUAGAGACAAAGGCAAGAAAUGGCUGGGGUUUUUAAGUGAGAGACAGACCAAUCAAGCGGAGCAAACCUGAGUGCAUUCUAUCAGAGCAAAAACAAUACUGGCCUGCAAGGAGAGCUAUUCUCCUUAGUGGAUAAUCAGAGAAGAUUUCCUGCCCAUUAGAGUGAAUGGAAAGAGCAGCCCAUACCACGAUGUGUCUCCCUUCACUGCUGGGAAAUUAUUGCGGUUAUCUAAUUAAGCUUGAAUAUUAAUUUUAAUUUGUCUCAUCCAUAUGAAAGGGGAUGGCUUUGUCAGACUACUAUUUUUUUUAGAAAAAAAGAAAGGUGAACUGUGUAUACUUGCUGGUUAUUGGAUGUACACCCAAAUCUGUUCAAAGGUUCAUGUGUCAUCUAGUUGUACAUUCUGUAAAGCAGGUGUGUGGAAAAUACAGCCGACUUGGGGACAUUUUUGUGAUCCCCCCCAAAUAUUUUAACCUCCUACUUAACUUUGUAAAAGGCUUAUUUGUCGUGGCAUAAAUCAGUUCAGAAUUGCCCCAUACCCCUCCUCAAAGCACAUGGUGGCAGGUGCUGCCUUCUAAGGGCUCACCCUCAGAAAGCUAUUCACCUCUGAAUUAAAGGCAUGCCCCUUAAUAUUAUUCUUCAUUCCAGAUACAGCGGUAGAUAGUAAUAUUAACACUGAUACUGUGUUCCUCUAGCUUGGUUGUGACUUGUAUGCCAAAUAGAUUUUGAAGCUCAUAUUGCCCUUCAAAGGAUCAGAGUUUAAAGAGUAAGUUGCAGAGAGCUCUGUACCAGGUUAUCUAAGUCCUUUUUGUGUUUUAAAAUAUGGUAAAGCUCCAUCUUCCUAGAUUAUGAAGCACAAGCCUUUACCGGUGUAGGGUUAGGCUCAAGAGUGUAGUUGAGUUUCCAAUCAGCCUUAGCAGUUUAAAUUUAUAUAGUUGCAGUGUGGAUUUCAGCAAUAACUGAACAAAUUUUAAAUAGCAAUGAUUAAUGCCAUGUCUGUACUAGCACUCUAAAUGUUACAGGUAUAGAAAAGGAAAAACAGGGUUUUAAAUUUAGCAUGCUAUGUACAUAUUGGAUAGAUUUAAGGUCAUCUGGGUGUGACAUCAUUUACAGUGCUCUUCCUGUCUUUAGUUGACUUAUGCACCUUGUCUAACAGCCAUGUAUCUUGCCAAAUUUCAAAAAUCAGUCUAGUGCAAUCUAUGUUAUAUUAGAACUGGUAAGAAUGGUGAAGCUCUUCAACCUAUAUAAACACAAGAUUAGACAAUGUACCAACGAGUAUUGUAAAUAAAUCUGAUUGUGGUACCAUGAUA